GCGGCAACGGGACCUUCACCUGCCCGGUGACGGCCUGUCCCACCUAUGGGCCCUGGUCGCCAUGGGGGCCCUGCUCCCGCAGCUGUGGCGGUGGCAACACCACCCGGCACCGCAGCUGCCAGGGGAGCACCGACGGGGGGCCCUGUGGUGCUGGUGUCAUGGAGGAGAUGGCUGAGUGCAACCUACAGCCCUGCCCCCGCAGCUGCCAACUGGGCCCCUGGUCCCCGUGGAGCCCCUGCAGUGCCAGCUGUGGUGGGGGCAGCUCGGAGCGGCGCCGGGAGCUGCUGCCAGGGCCGGAGGGCUGGGGGAAGUCGUGUCCCCUCCUGCCACUGCUGCUGCUUCGUGUCUGCAAUGCCCACAACUGUUCUCCGGACUGCCCCAAUGGGCAAGUGUAUGGAGGCUGCGCCAACGCCUGUCCCCGCACCUGCACCCACCUCAGCCCGGUAACGCGGUGCGUGCUGGAGCCCUGCCAGCCUGGCUGCACCUGUCCCUCUGGCCAGGUACUGCAGGAUGGGGCCUGCGUCCCCCCCGAGCUGUGCCGCUGUCAGCUGCCCCCCACCCUGCCUGGGGCUCACAAUCUCUCAAGGGGGCAGCAGGAGCAGGAGCAUGCCCCAGGCAGCCGCCUCCAGCACCGCUGCAACACCUGCAUCUGCAUCCGUGGCACCUUCAACUGCUCCCAGGAGGACUGUGAUGCAGACUGCCUGUGGUCCCCGUGGUCGCCCUGGUCCCCCUGCUCGGUGACAUGUGGGACGGGCGAGCGUCUCUCCCACCGGCACCCGCUCCAGCAGCACCGCUACGAGGGAGCAGAGUGCCAAGGCCCCCCCACCCGCCGGAUCCCCUGCAGCCUCCCCAACUGCUCCUGUCCUGCGGGCGAGCACUGGCGGGGCCCUGAUGCACCGGCUGGCUGUGAGUGGAGCUGCCAGGACAUCUCUGGUAACACACUGGGCAACUGCAGUGAGCCCCUGGCCCUUGGCUGCACCUGCCAGCCCGGCCACUACCGCAACAGCACUGGCCACUGCGUGCCGGCCGCCCUCUGCGAGUGCCAGUACCGGGGGCAGCUGCUCCAGGCUGGCAGCGAGUGGCAGGAGGAGUGUGAGAUGUGCCGCUGUGUCAACGGGCAGGCUGCCUGUGCCACCGGCUGCCCCCCACUCACCUGCCCUGAGGGCGCAGUGAAGGUGAGGGAGCCGGGCAGCUGCUGCCCCGUGUGCCGGGAGGAGUGGCCAGAGGAGCCGCCCUCCACAUGCCGACGCAUCACUGAGCUGCGCACCAUCGCCAAGGGGCCCUGUGCCCUGCCCGACGUCGAGGUCAGCUACUGCACCGGGCGCUGCCACUCCCGCACCACCGUCACCGCUGAGGAGCCGUUCCUGCAGAGCAUGUGUGAGUGCUGCAGCUACCGCCUGGACCCCGCCAGCCCCGUGCGCGUCCUGCACCUACCCUGUCCCACCGGCCCGGCCCAGACUGCGGUGCUGCCCGUCAUCCAGAGCUGCCAGUGCAGCCGCUGCCAGGGUGGGGAUUUCUCUCGGCAUUGAGGAGGUCCCCCAACCCCCACCUUCCCCGGGAAGUGGUGGCCCCCC